AUGGCGACCCCUCAGGUGAUCUCGAAUUCCGGACACGAAGAGAUGAUUCAUGAUGCUGGCUUGGACUAUUACGGCCGCCGGUUGGCCACAUGUUCGUCCGACAAAACGAUAAAGAUCUUUGAGAUUGAGGGAGAAUCACACCGACUAGUCGAGACGCUGAAGGGCCACGAGGGCGCUGUGUGGUGUGUCGCAUGGGCCCACCCGAAAUUCGGCACAAUUCUAGCCUCAUCUUCCUACGAUGGCAAAGUUCUGAUCUGGCGGGAGCAGCCCCAGAAUGCGACCUCGCCCUCCAGUGGUAGCACAUGGACCAAGGUCUUCGAUUUCUCCCUUCACACGGCCUCCGUGAACAUGGUCUCCUGGGCUCCUCAUGAGAGUGGGUGUGUUCUUGCCUGUGCUUCUUCCGACGGCCAUGUCAGCGCGCUUGAGUUCCGUGACAACAACUGGACCCACCAGAGCUUCCAUGCCCACGGAAUGGGCGUCAACUCCAUCAGCUGGGCUCCUGCGGCCUUUGCUGGUAGCCUCAUCAGCUCUAACCCCGGACCUGGCCAACAACGCCGGUUUGUUACCGGUGGCAGCGACAACCUGGUCAAGAUCUGGGAGUAUAACGCGGAGUCUAAAUCGUACAACCUCACCCAAACCCUUGAGGGACACUCAGACUGGGUCCGUGAUGUGGCAUGGUCCCCAAGCAUUCUCUCCAAGUCCUACAUCGCCUCCGCUGCGCAAGACAAGACCGUUCGCAUUUGGACCUCUGAUGCUUCCAACCCGGGCCAAUGGUCCAGCCAAACAUUGGAGUUCGACACUGUUCUGUGGCGCGUUAGCUGGAGUCUCAGCGGCAAUAUCCUUGCUGUCAGUGGUGGUGAUAACAAGGUCAGUUUGUGGAAGGAGAACCUCAAGGGGGAGUGGGAGAAGGUCAAGGAUAUCGAGGAGUAG